CGCCAGGAGGCAGAGAUGCGCUGGCGCAGCACCGCCUGGAGCCCGCAGUGAAAGACCAUCAGAUGCAAGGCAACGCCCACAACUCCAGGAGGCCGCUGUGGGAGGACGCGAGGCCAGGCGACGAAUAGGUCAGACGUGAGUCCCCAAGAGGCCUCCUCCCCCUCAAGAGAGGAAGCUUGUGGUACAAGCUGGGACGGAAGCAAAGGGGCAGACAUCCCGCCACCAUCCCGGACUCGAACCGCCGCCGACACAGGGGAGCAGAGACUGCCAGGAGAUCUAGCGGCGGCGACCGCCCCGCGCCUGCGCACUUCGGCCACGCCCCGCCCUCCGCCCUCUGCGUGCGCACAGCCUAGAGCCCGCCUCCGUGAAAGACUGCUGGGCGCGUGCGGCCAGGGUUGUUCACUGGCUGUCCGGGGCUCCGCGCGCGUCGCCGGCCCAGCUCUGUCGCUGACGGGAGGAUCUGAAGCCGGCCGCAGGUCAAAAAGUAAAAUGAAGUACAUUCUGGUUACUGGUGGUGUUAUAUCAGGAAUUGGAAAAGGAAUCAUUGCCAGUAGUGUGGGCACAAUACUCAAGUCAUGUGGUUUACAUGUAACUUCAAUCAAAAUUGACCCUUACAUUAACAUUGAUGCAGGGACAUUCUCUCCUUAUGAGCAUGGUGAGGUUUUUGUGCUGGAUGAUGGUGGGGAAGUAGACCUUGACCUGGGUAACUAUGAGCGGUUCCUUGACAUCCGCCUCACCAAGGACAAUAAUCUGACCACUGGAAAGAUAUACCAGUAUGUCAUUAACAAGGAACGGAAAGGAGAUUACUUGGGGAAAACUGUCCAAGUUGUCCCUCAUAUCACAGAUGCAAUCCAGGAGUGGGUGAUGAGACAGGCACUAAUACCUGUAGAUGAAGAUGGCCUGGAACCUCAAGUGUGUGUUAUUGAGCUUGGUGGAACUGUGGGAGACAUAGAAAGCAUGCCCUUUAUUGAGGCCUUCCGUCAGUUCCAAUUCAAGGUCAAAAGAGAGAACUUUUGUAACAUCCACGUCAGUCUAGUUCCCCAGCCGAGUUCAACAGGGGAACAGAAGACUAAACCAACCCAGAAUAGUGUUCGGGAACUUAGAGGGCUUGGGCUUUCCCCAGAUCUGGUUGUAUGCAGGUGCUCAAAUCCACUUGACACAUCAGUGAAAGAGAAAAUAUCGAUGUUCUGCCACGUCGAGCCUGAACAAGUGAUCUGUGUCCACGAUGUGUCAUCCAUCUACCGAGUCCCCUUGUUGUUAGAGGAGCAAGGUGUUGUAGAUUAUUUUCUUCGAAGACUUGACCUUCCUAUUGAGAGGCAGCCAAGAAAAAUGCUGAUGAAAUGGAAAGAGAUGGCUGACAGAUACGAUCGCUUGCUGGAGACCUGCUCUAUUGCCCUUGUGGGCAAAUACACGAAGUUCUCAGACUCCUACGCCUCCGUCAUUAAGGCUCUGGAGCAUUCUGCACUGGCCAUCAACCACAAAUUGGAAAUCAAGUAUAUAGAUUCUACGGACUUGGAGCCAAGUACCUCGCGAGAAGAGCCCGUGCGCUACCACGAAGCUUGGCAGAAGCUCUGUAGUGCUCAUGGAGUGCUGGUUCCAGGGGGAUUUGGUGUUCGAGGAACAGAAGGAAAAAUCCAAGCAAUUUCCUGGGCUCGGAAUCAGAAAAAGCCUUUUUUGGGCGUUUGCUUGGGAAUGCAGUUGGCAGUGGUUGAAUUCUCAAGAAACGUGCUGGGAUGGGAAGAUGCCAAUUCUACAGAGUUUGACCCUAAGACCAGUCAUCCUGUGGUCGUAGACAUGCCAGAACACAACCCAGGGCAGAUGGGCGGAACCAUGAGGCUGGGCAAGAGGAGAACCCUGUUCCAGACCAAGAACUCAGUCAUGAGGAAACUGUACGGAGACGCAGACUACUUGGAAGAGAGGCACCGCCACCGAUUUGAGGUGAAUCCAGUCUUGAAGAAGUGUUUGGAAGAACAAGGCCUGAAGUUCGUUGGCCAAGAUGUUGAAGGAGAGAGAAUGGAAAUUGUGGAGUUGGAAGAUCAUCCCUUUUUUGUUGGGGUUCAGUACCACCCUGAGUUCCUGUCCAGACCUAUCAAGCCCUCCCCACCAUAUUUUGGCCUCCUCCUGGCCUCUGUGGGGCGACUCCCACAUUACCUCCAGAAAGGCUGCAGGCUCUCGCCCAGGGACACCUAUAGUGACAGAAGUGGAAGCAGCUCCCCUGACUCUGAGAUUACUGAUCUGAAGUUUCCGUCAAUAAAUCAUGACUGAUCUUGUAGCGGAUGAUACUUCAAGAGACCCUUCAAACUUGGGUAGAGUUUACAGCUCUGACGUUACACUUGGCUUUCGACACUUUCUUUAAAUUAUGUUUUUAUUAAGAUUAUUUUAUUAUGGGGAAAGGUAUUUGGGAAACCUGUCACUUGCAUGUCCCAUCAUGUGUACUGGCUUCUCCGUGCUGUUUGCCUGUUUUGUGACACUCUCCUUGUAGUUUUUGAGAUGCAGCAGAACAUCGGGAUAGGAACCGAUGGUGGGUGGGGCUGCAGAGUGCCCCCUUGGUCACCUGUUUCUCAACUACCUCGUGUCAUUGCAGAUGCUAGUGUGUUGCCUGUCGCUUUCCCUUGGAUGCCUAGACCAUUAUAAAGUGUGCCACCUAGACUUACUGAGCAUGGAGAGAGGAUUUUAGCUAGGAUUCGAACACUUGGUGCUGGGAACCUAAGGGUGUUGCUUGCCAUUAAGCUAUGAAACCAGAGACAAAAUCUCUAUACUGCCCUGAGUUGGGGGGAUUCUCAGUGCUAACUGUGGCUGGUCCUCAUCAUCCAAAAGAGAGGGUCAGUUUGGUGUCACAUGAAACACCAAGAUGUCUGUCUCUGAAGUGUGAUGUUAAAAUCCCCAUGCCUCUGGCUGCGCUUGCUAUUUCUGGGGCUGGGAAACACUCCUUGCAUCAAGGGGUCACUUGAAAAGAAUAAAGAAUCUUUUGGGGAAGCGUCCUCUAAAACCCUCUCAUAGACAGACAGCUUUGACUCGAGGGUACGUUUUUCUUCCGGGAUGGUGUUACCGCAGUGGAAAGGGCAGUAUGAAGUCAUUUUCUUAAUGUGAGCUAACGAUAGGCACAGCUGUGUGCCACUGUAUUCUCGCUGGACUCAAUGUGUACUCUUAACUUAAGAAAUAAAUAAUGCAGAACAAGAGA